CCUCUGUUUGACAUUCGCCAUUUUGAUGGCAGCACGUAAUCAGAAAAAAAAUAGUUUGCCACAUGUGUUUGAUGUCAUCUCCCCUGAGUGACCCUCAUGGCCAGCGUGGACACAUCAGACAUAAACUAAUCAGACUUAAGGAGGGUGAAGCCACAAAAGGACUGCGAGAGAUGAGGAGUAAGAAAUGCGUCAGAUCAGGUGCAAUGCCUAACAUUUGGAUAGAAGUCUGUCUUCUUCUGUUAUCACUGACUAACGCCCAGGCUGAUGGCUGCCUCACUGCCAUCAUUGGGGAGACGGUGCAGAUUCCCUGUUCUCUGAAUACUGAAGAGUCCUUAAAGACAGAAGACAUUUCAAUUGAAUGGCAAACAGAUGACUUUCACAAAGUUCACGCAUUUUACAAAGGAGAGGAUAAUCUGUUGCAUCAGGACUCCCAGUUUAAAGGCCGAACGCAGCUCUUCAGAUCUGAACUAUCACGUGGUAACUUCUCACUCGGGCUGUCAAACGUGUCAGUCAGUGAUGAAGGGGAGUUUGAGUGCAGUUACAAUAGAGCUCAAGAUACAAGCAGCAGACUUCUGUGUCGGCACUGUCUUCAAGUCGCAGCCCAGUCCUGACCAGGUGGUGCUGACAUAGUAACCUCCAUACAGAAGACCCCCUAAUGCCUUCAGAAGUAAACACUAAUAAAACUUAUCAUUAACUCGAGACAAAGUGAGCCCUUUUGUUGUCUGUCGAUAGCGAAGUAUUCAGAAUCCUCAUUAGUCCAAACCCCCAAAAGGGACAAUUAAAGAGCAGAAGAUGCCUAAGAGAAGGUGAUGACAAAUUCCAAACAGCCUCCUCCAGGACUGGCAAUGGCAGAAGCCCAGCUGUUUGAGGAGUUCACCUGCCCGGUGUGUUUGGACACUCAGAGUCUUUCUGUCUCGACUGACUCACCGACUACUUGGAUCAAAUCAAACGUGUGUAGCCGUCCUCGUCGCAGACACACCUUCCUCCCCAAGGUCUCGAUGGUGCUGAAGACGUCUGCUGAAUUAAGUGCUUGAGAAAUGAGAAAAGACAGAAAUCCAUCCUCCUCCAUCUCAGAGUUACACCAGUCCUAGAACGGGACAUCUGUAUUGGGAAGAAGUUUGGAGCAGUGAAGUUGUGUCUGACCUCCAUGGCCUCCUUCUGUCAGACUGACGUCCAGCCUUAUCUUGAAAUGGCGGCCUGAAGGAUCAGAGCUCACCGUCUGAGCACAUUACAUGUCAGUUCUCAAGAGCAUCGUCCAAAAUGACUUACUUAACAU